CUACUCUCUCUCUGCAGCCUCCGCUUGUUUCCAACAAUGGCGACUGUGUGCGCCCCCCUCACAAUCUCACCCGCCGCCGUUGCCCCUUCUUCACUCAAAACCUCCCACUCCCAAUCCCAGCUCCUAUUCCGUUCACACUUCCCCAUCCCCCGCCACGUCGCCUCUUCACCCCUCUCCAUCUCGUCUCCUUAUCUCCCCGCCGCCUCCAAAUCCCGCGUCCUCUGCUCCCGAAACCCUAACCUUACCCCCGCGCGCCGCCCCGACUACGUCCCCAACCGCAUCUCCGACCCGAACUACGUCCGCGUCUUCGACACCACGCUCCGCGACGGCGAGCAGUCCCCCGGCGCGUCGCUCAACCCCAAGGAGAAGCUCGACAUUGCGCGCCAGCUCGCCAAGCUCGGCGUCGACAUCAUCGAGGCCGGCUUCCCGGCGGCGUCGAAAGACGACUUCGAGGCCGUGAAGACGAUCGCGAAGGAGGUCGGGAACUUUGUGGAUAAUGACGGUUAUGUCCCUGUGAUCUGCGGGCUGUCCCGGUGUAAUAAGAAUGAUAUCAAGACGGCGUGGGAGGCGGUCAAGUAUGCUAAGAGGCCGAGGAUACAUACAUUUAUCGCCACGAGUCCGAUUCAUAUGGAGCAUAAGCUGAGGAAGACCAAGGAGCAGGUGAUCGAAAUCGCCAGGAGUAUGGUGAGCUAUGCUAGGGGCUUGGGUUGCGAAGAUGUCGAGUUUAGCCCCGAAGACGCCGGCAGAUCUGAGAAGGAAUUUCUAUAUGAGAUCUUAGGUGAAGUCAUAAAGGCUGGGGCAACAACUCUGAACAUUCCUGACACUGUGGGUAUUACAGUGCCAAGUGAAUUUGGCCAGUUGAUUGCUGACAUCAAAACUAAUACUCCUGGAAUUGAUAAUGUUAUCAUCUCAACUCAUUGCCAAAAUGAUCUUGGACUGUCCACUGCCAACACUUUAGCAGGGGCAAGUAAAGGGGCUAGGCAAGUGGAAGUAACAAUCAAUGGAAUUGGUGAAAGGGCUGGUAAUGCUUCACUAGAGGAGGUUGUCAUGACUUUAAACUGUCGUGGGGACGAAAUACUUGGGGGACUUUAUACCGGAAUCAAUCCUCGGCAUAUCUAUUUAACAAGCAAGAUGGUUUCAGAGUACACUGGGAUGCAUGUGCAGCCGCACAAGGCUAUUGUGGGAUCUAAUGCGUUUGCACAUGAAAGUGGUAUCCAUCAGGAUGGAAUGCUUAAAGACAAACGAACAUAUGAAAUUAUAUCUCCUGAAGAAAUCGGGUAUGACAGGUCCAAUGAAGCUGGCAUUGUCCUUGGGAAACUUAGUGGACGCCAUGCUCUAAAAAAACGACUUGAAGAGCUUGGUUAUGAGCUUGAUGAUGUUCAACUUGAAACUGUAUUCUGGCGUUUCAAAGCAGUAGCUGAACAGAAAAAGAGAGUCAUUGAUGCAGACCUCAGAGCAAUUGUAUCAGAUGAAGUUUUCCAGCCAGAAGUUGUCUGGAAACUUAAUGAUCUACAGGUUACCUGUGGAACUCUUGGUCUUUCCACAGCAACUGUCAAACUAAUUGAUGCUGAUGGGAGAGAGCAUAUUGCGUGUUCAGUUGGAACCGGACCAGUGGAUUCAGCUUACAAGGCUGUUGAUCUCAUUGUGAAGGAAUCGGUGACACUUGUCGAGUACUCUAUGAAUGGGGUCACAGAAGGAAUUGAUGCAAUAGCCACAACUCGUGUUCUAAUUCGAACUGAAAACGAAAACAGUGACAUGGUCACUGGUGGGAUAUCUCAACGAACUUUCAGUGGGAUUGGGGCAGGAAUGGAUAUUGUUGUUUCUAGUGUCAAGGCCUACAUUGGUGCCUUGAACAAGAUGCUAGGUUUCCAGGAAAGAUUUCCAGUAGAGCUUCAAGGAGAAUCAGCAGAACGAACCCCAGUGUCGGCAUGAGGUUUUGGUAAAUGUUACAUGUGGAGCAUGAGCUUUGGUUCCUGGUUCCACUUGGUUUCUUGUAUUCUGUACAUUGUUGUCUAGAAAUUUACGUAAAAUGCAUGGAAUCAUUAAGUGGAGACUGCAAUUGAACAUUAAGUGUGCUUUAUUUCUGAAUUUUAUCUUGGUUUUUUAAUGAUGCUGUUGUAUGCUAAAGAUGUUGGCGAAAACGAUUGCUAGUUUGACAGCAAGCUCUUGAAGGUGUGGCAUUGCACCAUGGAAAGCUGAUGUAGAAUAGAUGAGAAUCAGGUUUUGUGUCCUCAUUUACCGAGGAACUAGGUAAAUAUGGAAUGAGGUCAAAAGCUGAUUAAGGCUACGUUAGUGUAGGAAAAGAGCUAUUUGUUGUUGAUGAUGGAGAAAAUCAGAAGUUAAGGCUCAGCAAUGCGAUUUUUUUUCUCACUGUUGCAUUU